AUGUGCAAUGAGUGUGCAAAGAUGAAGCAAGGAUGCAAGAAGUCCAGCAAGGGAGCUGGCAAAAGGGCACAGGCUGGUGCAUCAGUAGGUGCAGUGCAAUUGACUAAGGCACUGAAGGCCAGGCCAUCCAAAUGGGCCCACAAUGAUGAUGUGGAGGUGGUCGAGACCCAUGCAUGUGGUAAGGGUAAGGCACCAGUGCAUGGUGGGUUUGAUGGCAAGACCACCUUGGAUAUCUUGCAAGCCCUCAGGAUGGUCAGGGCCAAGGCUGUGGCUGUGCAUGCAGCCAACCUUCGCCUUCAGGUCCACAUCAAGCAGCUCUUGGAGGCUCUGGAAAAGCUGGGAGUAGAGUAG